AUGCGGAAGAAUGUACAAGAGGUGCAAGCGAAGGAAAGACACAGGGGAGAGGCGUCGCGCUUGCCUUAUCGAUGGGGGGUGGUUGCGAUACGCGGUCUGCCAACUGCCAAGCCCGCCGUUUGUCUUUCGCUUCCCUAUCCACAGUUGCGCAUGCAGCGCGCGUCAAAAUCCUCGUGCUUUGCCUCCCGGACUUUCCGGACUUUCCAGAGAGACGCGCCCCGGAUUCGAACUCACGACCUGACUCCAUGUCUCUCCAACUGCGAUAACGCCAACAGCCUACACACCAUGACGAGAGGUGUUGAUGAGCUCGUCGAGUUUCUGCUGUCUGAGGUUGCCCUGACGGGCGUACAAGGAGCUGGCAGUGCCGACUUCAAACGUUCUGUGCAGGUCUUCUACGAACAGUCGCAGGAUGAAGAUGCGUCUAGGCCAAAUCCUCGACCCCACCAGCUGGGCCGUACGUUCUACGAGCGAAUCUGGCAUUGGGUGAGCAGCCAUGCAGAUAUCCGUAUCACGCACAACGGUGUCCUCCAGCAUUACAGUCUUGCCGAGUUUGAAGCUGCGGAAAACAUUGGAUCGGUUGUUGCCGGCGGUGCAUCUUUAUCCCAGUCUGUCGAAUCUCUGCAAUGGACGACGCAGAAGCCAGGCCCUGCGAAAUUCGUCUCAGCUUUGCGCGAGUCCAUGCGACAGCGUCUGACCAAAGAAGGUCUUAUUCCGCAGUCACUUACAGCACCUGCAAUCUCGACCAUUCAACAAUUUGCAUCAGCACAAAAUGCGGACUCUGACAGACCGCCACCCCAUGCCAAUCGUAGGCCUCGUGCCCUUCCCAUCAAAGCGAACGAUGUAGAAACAAUCUUCGAUGACCCUCCGACAAACACCACCGCUCCACGGCUGUACGCAAGUCAAAGCCGCAUCUGGCAAGCAUUGACCGGACAUGGCAUUGACCUAAAGAAGGUGCCGACAAUGGAAUUCAUCUUGUUAUCUCUGAUUGCCUCACAUGGAGUGGCCGGAAUCACACAGCCAGACCUGACCGUAAUGAGUGGACAGGACAAACGUUCCGUGCCGCACAGAACCGAUGAGCUCUGCCGUAAGGGCUAUAUCGAGAAAAGGCCCGUGCAGGCUGGCAAGCUGCGAACGAGUCUCUGCGUCCACAAGAAGUUUGUCUCAGACGACCAUUUCUUGACUUCGGGAAAAGUCGAGGAUGUGUUCCAAUAUAAGAAAUUCGUGUUGUCAGGAUUCGUGCACUUACUUUACAACACAUUGAAGGACGCUGGCGUUGUUCCCACCAGAGAUAUCCGAAAAAGACUUAACGUGCCCAUGUCGACAUGGAACAAGCGGGCAGUUCAGGGUGCUCUCAUUCGCCUUGAUCAAACUGGUAUGGUCAAGCGUUUCAGAGCUCGUAGGAAGGACGCUGAGGAUAAUUGGCUCACUUGUAUCGAGGUGCUACGGGAGCCCCGACCUGAAGAUCAUGACAAUCUGAAAUUCCGACGCCAGGCGACCAUGGAAGAAGCCGCGGAUGAGCAGUCAGAUGAAGACGUUGACGGAGAUACACUUAUGAGGGAUCUCGAGGUCGACAUGCUCAACGGUGACCCACAGAGAGCUGACGGUGACAAGGAAGACGUUGGUCGCAUCCCGCCACAAUGGGUACCUGAACGCCUCCUUUCCAAUACUCUCUACGACGCCAUCGCAAUGGGUGGAUCCCAAGGUUGUGACUCCGGGAUCUUGCGUGAUCGGAUUGUGGGCAAAUUCUGGCGACGUCCCAUGGAGUCAUACCUCACACGCCUGACGGACGACUGGGAAAAGACGCAACCUGCUCACCUUCGACACCUUGCGCUCAUCAGAGACACGCGCAAUACACAGGAGAAGAAGUUUGUGCACUAUGUCUACCGCACAUACAAGAACUUUCAGAAGGCUGUAGAUGCAGGCGAAGUCAUUUGGGCGGGUGUCAGCAAGCUCCCGCAAAGGCAGCCUUCCGUGGCCAAGGGAGGCCGACCCAAGAAGGACGUGUCGAGAGAACAGUCCGUUGAUCCUUGGGGUUUCCGCACACUCAACUCAAACGAUUUUCUCGGCAAGGACAGUUCAGGAACACUUUCUGAAUGUCGAGAGGCCAUCGUUCAUGGCCGAAGAUAUGGGCCACGCUGGGACAACCUUCUCACGGACGGCAUUGGAUACCAGAAGAUCGAGGCGCCUAGGUUGGACAAACCAAAAUGGACGAAUGACAUGUCCCGAUCAAGAGCGAGAGCAAAGCUGAACCUCGCAGCACUAGCGACACCGAGGUCUGAGAGACGUUCGCCAACCCCCACUGAAGAGGCGUUGGAAGCUGGCGCGGUUACCGAGAGCGAGCACGGAACACCUGUGGCUGCGACAAAGGUCAUGGGUCUGCCCAAGCGGAAACAUGAGUCAGGGCUGCUCACGAUAGAGCAGAGGAUAGCCUUGGGAUUGAAACCAAAGGGUCGUCUCAGCAAAUUUGUUGAGGAUCAGAUCCGAGAACAUCGAAAGCGAACAGGAGAUCCAUCAUCAUUCCCAGACUCCGUCGUGCACGAAGUACCCUCAGGAAAACCAAAUAACACUAAGCGCGGCCCUCUCAUGACAAAAGAAGAACGUAUUGCUGCCGGCUUGCCUGCGCGAGGUCGCUUGGGUCAGAAGAUCGAGGAUCAGAUUCGAGAACAGCGUGGGCUACCAAAGAAUGUAGCGAAGGCCAAGAAGCCACGGAACAAGUCAUCUAACGGGCCAGCACUGUUAAGCAAACAGCAGAGGAUUCAGUUUGGCAUCAUACCUCACGGUCGUUUACCACAGUCACUAAUGGAAGGAUUGCGCGAGGAGCGAGAAUUUGACAUUGCUUUAGAACGGUCCAAGGUUAUCCCAGCUUAUUUGGGUGCUGUCGAGGAGAAAAGGUCCAAGGCAGAGAUGACAAGGGUAAUUGACAAGAUCAGAGCACAGACUUUGCAGCAGUACGAUCCAUCCCGAGAGUUGAUUCAGGAUGACACUGGCACAUCGAAUCUGAACGGCGACAAUGAGCUCCUCAGGGCCAUCUCGAGGGCAAGCACGCCCAGACUCGAGAAGCGGAAAGCUGACGACGAUGCAACAACACUGCGGCCUGCUAAGAGAAUGCGCGUUGAGCGAGAUGCAACCCCAGAAGAGCGCAGCACGGUCACCUCAACGCCACCAUCAGCAUUGUCGGCUGGGCGUGGCAAUGUGGUCCAAGAACAGACAGAGCAAGAUGGAACGGUGGUGACCAGUGCUGAGGAUGAAGAUGUGCCAGCCGUGGCGGGCGCUUCACAGCAGUCAAGUCCCAAGGCGACCACACCGCCCCAACAAGUCCCUCUUCUCAUUGACUUGGCUGAAGUGAACGCAAAGGUCCGGUUGAUCAAUGAAGCUUAUAACAAUCGCUCAGGUCCCGGCAUUUACACGAAUCCGUUCGCGAAACGAAAAAUCACUAAAGGUCGACCGCGCAACGCCUUCAUUGCGACUUUCCGACUGGAAAGACUUUCUACUCUCGAUUGGUUCAUCGAUGAUGUGAUCGGAGCUACCGAGAAGCCUGCAGCAAACGACGUCUUUCAAUCCUCGAAGAGUGUUACUGUUGCGUCUCCAGUUGCGGAACAGAAAGUAGACAUAGAAGAUCAAACCGCGGCCCCUAACACGGAAAGCGAGCGCAGGGACAGCCGUCCGAAGCUUGCUGUUGAUAUUGGAGCGGCAGUGGAUGUAAAUCUGUGCUCUUCUAGAAGAGACGGUAGUCCACCAGUAAAACCAUCCUCAGUACAGGAGCAUGACAUCGCCAUGGGUGAGCAUUCUGACGAACAGAUAGCGCCUGACCAAGCUUGCACUCCCCAGGAUACAGUAAACGAAGUUGAACGCAGCGAGAUCGAUUGCACGUCAGAGCAAGGUCUGAACAGGGUACAAACCGUACAGCAUCAUACUCGCCCGGUAGCCGGUUGGAAUGCGAUCAACAUGCCCCCACCGCCACUUGCGACGUAUCAAAGCCCCUACGCGGCAUCAGACCAGCCAGAACCAACAAUUCUAGGCAGGGCAUCGCCAGCAAGCGAAGUGACUGAGCAAGCUGCGCAAGAUAGCAUAGGCGACAAUCAGAUCCAGGGCGUCUGUGGCCCAAUCACCGAAGCGGAUACAUUGAGUCGAAGCGCAAGGAAGCUCGCGGCAUAUAUGGGCACUAAAACUGGCGGAGGGAGUCAGAAAAUCUUCCGUCACAAGAUCAUUCUGCAAAUUAUUGAUAUUUGCAACGGCGUCUAUCCCAUGCAUGGAGAGAUUGGACGGCCUUUUGUCACGCUCUGGAAGCAACAGCAUCCUGACACUCCACCGCCAAAUUCGAGUACUGUGCUGUCCAAUUUGAGAGAUAUGAUCGCAGAUCCUCACAGCGGGCUUAAGAAAUUCAGCUUCCUUAUAAGACUUCGACAGAGUGCAGGCUUGAAGAAGAAGGACAUGGUCGUGUACCAACAUCUAACCCCUACGAGCCCACAAGUCACAAAGUUGGCGUACAACAUGGCCAACUACUCAAACACAAAAGCACAUCAAUACUAUCCGGAUGAGAUCCGCCACUUGGUUUCUGACGAGUCUUUCUAUGUGCCAAUGCCAGUGGCGCCGAAGGACGAGACCGUGAGCCUGGAGCGACUCAACCCUAGCCUCCAGAACAAGAUAAAAGAAGCUAAUCUUGAGCGUCGGAGGCGAUAUUAUCACAAGCAGAAGAAUGAAGACUUGGCUCGUGACGCACAAAACGCGGGAGUUGAGGUUCCGCUCAGGCAGGCCACUAAGAUCGAUGGCCAACCACGCACGAAGCGAACACGUCUUGCAAGUUUGAACGACAAGAACAAGCGAUACCGACGUGCCCCGCUUUCAAGAAUGCCUCCCGAUCCUAUGGAGGAAGAGCUUGAAGAGAGCAUGGCUGAGGAACACUCGCUGCCAGACAGCCUUCCCGAACACAUUCAAACACUAACGUGGAAAGAGCCUUGGGUGGCUUCCGUUGUGCGUUCCAAUGUCUCAUUGCCGUUGUCAAAAGAGACGACUGCCAAUGCAGUCCAAAAGGACACACUGGUCGAGUAUUACGCCUGUUCGAUGACUUCCCCAAUCGUCCGCUUCUAUGCUACGAACGGUACAUUCUCCACUGAAUUUGGCCUUGUCGGACAGAGCGACUUAGUCGAUAUGGCAACGCUCUUGAAGCCAGUCGUGGAGACGGUUACCACGCUGAAGAGCAAGAAGCGAGUCAGAAUUGUCGAGCCAGUGUCCCAGCGUUCCAACAAAAAAGCGCGUCUCAGCACCGUCGGUCCCACUCAGAUCGCCGGUACGAAGUAUGUCAGCGUGUCAGAUGAAGAGACCGGUCACUCCCAAUCGUCUUCCACAUCUCCAUCCUCUUCAGACGACGAUAAUGUCCCACUGCUUCAAUCAAAUCAUGCCAAGGCCAAAGCAAAAGCGAAGGCAAAGACAAAGACAAAGGCAAACCAGCGCCGCAGUAAGAAGGAGCUGCCUCCUACACUGCUUGAACGUCUUACUGGUCUUACGGGAGAUCCGAAUGACCAUCUCUAUCUUCUUCCCAAACCAAAGGCGCAUUCACGGAAAUCCUACAAACGCUGGAUUGAGAGAAAAAGAGCUCGCUUCAAUAAGCAGCAACGGGACCUCAAGUACGCCGAGAGUCAUGAUCCUGUCGACGGUUUCAAAAGACUCUGCUGCGCUUUGGUCAUUGCUUCUUCCAUGACGGGCAAAGAUGGAUGCGUCGAAUGGAACAUCGUCGAGAGGGUGCACGAUACCAAAGGCCUGGAUCUCACAAAGACAAAAGCCCUCUGGACCUGGAUGCAGACGAAUAUGGCUCCUCAACUCGCUAAUCUGACUGCUGAUUUCCAGACUCGCUUCCUAGAAGCAUACGAGAACAACAGAAUAGCAGCGAUCGAAGAUCCAGAAUCCUAUGAUUGGGCAAAUCUUGUUAAAUGGGCUAUGCACACUUGCGUCUUCUCUGACCUAUCUCUUCCUGUAUAUCAGGAAGCGCUGCAAAAGUUCACUGUCGACCUGUCAAGCUUCGAAGUUAUGGACCGUCCUAAGUGGCACAGGGAAAAGAUUGCGGACAGAGUGCGCACGCAGCUGCAGUUACAGUUUCCAUUCACUGCACCUUUGCCUCAGCCUAACACCCCACAAUCGUCAAUCGGAAAGGAGGAGCUGAAGGCUCGAUCAUGGAUUCGCGCAAACACAGCAACACCACAAGCGUUCUACGACAGCAAAACAGCGCAUGAAAAACUAAAAACGCUCGGCGAUCCUGUUCUUGCCAAGGUUGUGGCUGAGUACGUGGACCGACAGAUGCUGCGGAUGCGCAAACUCAAGCGUCUGCUACCUGGCAGAAACUACACUUUCACGGCAAGACUUGCAAAUAAAUAUGGACGUACAUUUGAACUCGGUGAUUUUAUGGCCGCUGUCAAGAUCAAGAAAGAGAUGGACACUGCUUUUGCACGUGACAAUCCGGAGCAACGCGUCUAUUCCAUAUCCCGUGCCGAGUCUGAUGGAGCCACAAUGGUGAUCAUGUCGUUACUUAGUGAGGGUAAAGUAAAGUUUGUCCCCAAACUCCCACCAGUCAACAACGAGUUUGGUGCUCCGCUACCCCGGUUAUCCGUGUGGGGAUUUAUGGAGGGUGAUUAUGUCCACCGAGGAAUUGACAGGCAGCGUUUGUUCUGGGACAUCCACGUUGUGCCUACGGCAACAUACGAUUACGGCAGCCCGCUGCAGCCAUCACCUACAGGCCAAGCAGACAGCUUCGCGGCCUGGUCGCCGCUUACAAAACCACCACUCCCCGGUAAACAAGAUUCAGAUGCUUUACUUCCAAUCUGGAGUAGUAUGGAUGGGCAAAAUGUUACUUGGCCUUGGUGGUACCGUAUUCUAAACCUCGUAUUGCAGCCUCUCAUCUUCCAACCAGGCGCGACAGUCGAAGACAUUCACGCCAAUUGCGACGAAUACACAACCGAAAUUUUCGAAAUCGAGCUUGUGCUGCAGUGGCUUGUGUCGGUAAAUGCAGUCAAGACCAUUGGUCGUGGCUAUGUUACUUUGCCAGGUGUGUGGGCAGCGUUUGGAGACGUUUUGUACGACAUGAAAAACGACUGGCUGAACUCCCACGUCAAGCGCAAGCAUAGAAAGCACGCCCAACAACAGUUGCAUGGAGACUAUGAUCUGAGGUACUCCACUUUGCAAGGGCGCAGCGCUUUACGGAAUCAAAACCCGAGCGACGAAUCGGACGAGUCUGACACGCAAACAGACGAUGAUCGCGGAAACGAUGCUCGUCCAGACGAACGGUACGCAGUUUUGCGACCGCAGAAUGCCACUGCAGCGCCCAAGGCUUUCGCCGUCGACAGGCUUGUCGAUGAUACAGAGCAAAGAGUGCGCUCCUCCGUCGCCUCUGAUUCUGACGCAGACAAAGCACACAAUUCGAAGGGCGUUGCCACUAAAAGACAGGGCGAUGAGAUGGAAGACGCAAGCAUAGGUCCUGAGACGCAUCCAGAAGGUGAAAAGUUUUUGUGA